AUGGAAUAUAAUAAGUCACUAGCUGCAUUCAACGCCCUUUUCAAGUACACCUGUAUCCCGAGACGUACAAAAAACGUCCUUGGGACUAUUGUUGUUACAAGGGUUUGCGCGCCAAGUGACUGCCAAAAUCGGCGCACGCCGCGAUGCGCGGGAAACGAAGCGUCAGUCGAUCUCGGACAGUACGUAGGCGCGCACGUGACGACGGCUUUUAGGUUAGAAUUGGCGCGGUUUUACAGCCAGGUGCGCAACGCCCCCGUCUACCGCGCUCCCCGCUUACUACCUGACAGCUGUUUUCUCUCGGGAGAUUAG